GAAUUACCUAUUGAGGAUCCAAUCCAACCCAAAUAUGGAUCUAUUCAGCUCUUUUCAGUUAAAGCUUAACCCAACCUGGCCCCUAGCACAAUAAAACUUUUCGAGAAAUACACAUCAUCGAAAUACACUUCAUUCCAGUUCUUCAUCCAGGUACUACAUUUGCUACGAUCACUUUCAAUCUUGUUUACUUCAAACUUACUCUACUUGUUUUUACAAAAUUCAUGUCUUAUUUGAACUAUACGGAUAGGAAAUAAGUAGUAUGAUAAUUAUUUGAUUUUGUCAUAAUGAAAUUUUAGAUCCGGUUGAGAAAAAAUCUAAAUCUAAACACCAGAGUCUACCAUAUCUUCAAUCGGUGCUAUAUAUCAAUGAUGUGUAUGAGUGUAUGACACAACACUCGACAAUUCAUUACCGUUUUAUGUAAGAAUUUACUUAACUACGAGUUAUUUAUUCUUAAAAUUUGUGAUUUAUACUUUUUUCGUUCGUAACUGACUGAUUCGGCGGUAUGUUUUUUAAAUGAAUUUUGUUGAUUAAUUUUUGAAAUAGGUAGAAUGUACUCGCUUAAAAUUUGGUUUGAGACAUACGUAGUACUGCAUUUUGUCAUUUUAAUCAUUUUUAGGCUAAGUAAGAUUUAAUUCAGAGAUGCUGUUUGACAUGUGUCUGAUAUGAUAUGAAAAACAAACCAUUUAUUUCGAUUUAUAGAGCGAGAGCAAGAACUUUUUUCCCCAUUAUUUGUUAUUUGGAACUUAUUAUUGGUAUUUUCCCACAUUCUUUGGUAUUUGGAACUUAUUAUUAGUACAUUGAGUGUCUUUUUACUGGAGAGUUUACUUUACUGUUCUUGUUUCUUCAUUCAGUUUUGCUGGGAAAAUUGGCAAAACUAACUGCAUUAUUAUAUCUAGAUAAUUAGAUAAAUAAUAGCUCAUUCUCAUCAAGAUUAUACUGAGCAUAUUUGUCGAUUUAAAAGUUUUCUUAACUCAACAAUAUCAAGAUGCUACAUUGCAGGAAAAUGUCACCAUUUCCUUGUUUUCACAGUUCACUUUUACUUGUCCCAUUUGUAUUUUUUGUAGAAAAAAGAGAAUUUUGUAGGGGGGCAUAUCCCUCAAAUAUUUCUGAAGAGAAGAUGCAAGGUCAGGAGGGGCACACUACUGAUGAUGAUAUUGGAAGCUUAACAUCUAUUAAAACAUCUGAAGUCGAUGAUUGGACAAAAUUUGGGGACAAUGAUAUUAUGCAACAACAUUCUGUUAUUCGGGCUGAGGAAGCUGAGAAGCUUCCCUUUGUGGGUGAUAAGGAGCAUCUGGCUUCAUUGGAAGCAGAAUAUCAAUCUGGGAGUCCAAUUUUAUUGCAGAAAAUUAAGAUUCUGAGUGAACAGUAUGCUUACAUAAGAAGAACCCGAGGAGAUGGAAACUGCUUUUUCCGAAGCUUCAUGUUCUCUUAUCUUGAGUAUAUUUUGGAAGCACAAGAUGAAACUGAAGUUGAACGUGUCAAAGUCAAUAUAGAAGAGUGUAGAAAGACACUUCAAAGCCUGGGCUAUGCAGAAUUCACAUUUGAAGAUUUCUUUUCGUUAUUCCUCGAGCAACUUGAUAGGGUUCUUCAAAGGAGUGAAGCUUCAAUAAGUCAUGAUGAACUCCUAGAGAGAACUCGUGACCCGUCAGUUUCUGAUUAUAUUGUGAUGUUCUUCAGGUUUGUGACAUCUGGUGAAAUAAAGAAACGGUCAGAGUUUUUUGAGCCAUUCAUACUAGGGUUAUCAAAUACUUCAGUGGAACAGUUCUGCAAGUCAUCGGUGGAACCAAUGGGAGAAGAGAGUGACCAUGUGCACAUUAUAGCUUUAUCAGAUGCCUUGGGUGUUCCUAUCCGUGUCGUCUAUCUUGAUCGCAGCAGCUCAUCUUUGUCAGGUGGUGAAAACAACAGCAGCAGCAGCAGUGGGGUCACUGUAGUAAAUCACCAUGAUUUCAUCCCCACUGCCAACCUGGAUGCAGACAGCGGUGAUGAGUCCACUGAGAAGGCCGUCGCCCCAGAGGCUCAUUCAGUUCUUCUUACCUUGCUAUACCGGCCAGGUCACUAUGACAUUCUGUACCGUAAAUGAUCUCAAAGAUGUGUAUCCUUGCUUUGCUAGGUGGAAACAGUACUCCCACUGUCCUAUGCAAUACAGAUGUGUUGUUACGGUGGUGGCUGAGAAUGGUUUGUGUAUGAUUCCUGAAGGGGCUAUAUCAGUUCUUUUUUCCUUGUUACCUGACUGCUUGUUGCCAUUGUUGGCCUAUACAUCCGUAACAACUAAACCUGUGUAUCAUCACCCUGUUGAAUAUUUUGCUGGUCACUAUAUUACUAUUUUCUACACACUGUUACAGGCCUACAGCCAUUACAACUUUCUCUGUUUUGAACCUAGUACGAGCAAGCCACAAUCUUCCAAAUUAAAGUAGAUUAUUCUAUCUCAUUUGCAC